AUGUCUCGAAAUAGCAGUGACAGAGCAGACGGCAGUGCAUUGCAGAGCCCCAUCGCCUGCGAGUCUUGUCGACAGAGAAAACGAAGGGUCAGUCAAGGCAUCCCCAACGGAUACCUCAACAGGUUGGAGACCCGGCUCGCCGAGACCGAAGCCGCCCUCUUCAGAGCGCUGUCGGGUGCUCUGGAUGGCGGCCCGACCUCCCUGGACUCGGCAUCGUCACCCGCGCUCCUCCCACAGGCGGCGUGGACUCCGCGGCAGAACAAGGUCGACCGGGUCAAGGAGUGGGAUAGCCUGCCGCUGCAGACGCCCGACGACAUCCAGGCCUGGUUCCGCUCCAAGGCGACGGAACACAACGACGCGGCCAUCGACCUGCCCGCCGCCAGCCCCCAGUCGUUGAUCUCGUCCGUGUCGGACCCCAUGUUCGCCCCGCCGCCUCCGCUGCGAGACCCCGGCUCGUCGGUGCCGGAUCACCAGUCCAUCUCGGACUCCGUCAUCGAGCCCCAGCUUCGAUCGGUGACGCCAGUCAUCACGACCCCGGUGGGCAGGAGCCCGGCGGACGCGGUCAGCAAGGCCAAGGAGUUGUCCAAGUCGCAGCAGAACCUCUAUUUCUAG